UUUUAAACAGACAAAUGACAGAGAAAAUUUGUCGGGGAAUAUAUGCCAAAAAAAGGAAAAACUAAAUAAAUAAUUAGAAGUCAAGUCAGAGAAUUCGAUUGGAUAGCAUAAACACAUGCGAUUGCUAUAAACAAAAGCCCAAACGUAGAUCGAGCCUCAGUCCGAACGUAGAGCUUGCGCAGGGGAGCAGAGCUGCGUCUGCUGUGAUAGAAGAAGGCGGACUUCGAGCGAAUGGAUGCGCACGGUGCCAAACGAGCAGCCGAGCCCAACGCGUACGAGCAGCUGGCCAAGAAGAUCUGGCGUCCCACCGUAGCCGAUUCGCAAUCGACCAUGCCCACCCAUCUCAAUGAGCAUGGCGCUCCGCCCAAAGCUGACUCGGAGCCCAAGGCUGAGCCGAGCCCAGCAGCGACAUCUGGUUUCCUAAACGAGGUACUCAUUGCCCUCUAUGGCGACACUACGGGACAUCCGGAGAAUGGCAGCUUCAGCUACCACAAGGCAGCCGAGCACUAUGCUUUACAUGGUGGGGAUUAUCUAAUGCAGCAACCGGCGCCGAGCUUUGCCGGCGAAGGGGGAGGCGUGGCCCAGAAGGCGCCGCCGCCGCCAGGCUUCGAGCGUGGAGCCAAAGCGCUCUACGAUCGCAAGCAUCAGGCUGUAGUAGGGCAUAAUCCACGCCCAGGAUCUAGCUGCGCUUACAAUCAAAUGCUGUCGGGUUUGCAGCACGCGCAAUGCUCGCAUGGGGGCGGUGAUGUUAGUGGACAGCUGGGGCGUGGCCAGGCGGGUAGCGUAUCCAUGAACGAGUUGUCGCAGCUCUAUCUGCAACUGCUGCAGCACCAGUUGCCACAGCAACAAUCACAGCAGCAACAGCACCUAGUUACUGGCGGCUCCAGCAACAUGUCCAUGCCCAUCUAUGGCAUGGCCACGGGCAAUGCGAACGAUAUCACUCAGAUGUAUGCUCAGCUGUUGGCUGCCAAUUUGCGUCAGAAUGCCACGCAGCACCAACAGCAGCAGAUGCACCAACAGCAGCAACAGCAUUUGCAACAACAGCAGCAGCAGCAACAGCAGCAGCAACAGCAGCAGCAACAACAGCAGCAACAACAACAGCAGCAACAGCAGCGCGCUCCGCGUGGCAUCUACGGCGGCAACUUUACAACUUCAUCCAGCAAGCCUUCAACUCCGGAAAACAAAUAAUU